GGCCAGAAACGUUCGGCCGCGUCGAGAAAUCGCGGAUCGCGGAGAAGCCGAGAGGCAACAGAGAAACAGCAGCAGUAGCAGUCGAAGUGGGGAUCGAGUGCAGCCAUUUUCUAUUUUUGCAUAUAGCACCGCGAAUGAGAGCCAGUGUGUCGUGCGUGUGUAUACGAGCUUUUUUUUGGGUUGUGUGCGAGAUACAGAGAUCGAUGGACUGACGGCGAUCGGCAGGGAGCUCGCAACAUAUUGAGACAUUGUGUGACGUGACAUGAGAUGAUUGUUUGGUGACACACGCCGGAAGAAUUGCGCGAUCGUGCCACUCGCAAGACCGUCAAAAAAAUCCAUCCGUUUGCGCAGCUUCGUGUGUAAACUCUCUCACUCUCUCUCUCUCUUGAUAUCCCAUAUAUAUAAACACACUCUUCUCGAAUUCUCUUUUCCACCCUUUCUCAUCCCCUCCUUUACCACCCUUCCUCCUAUCUAUACUCUAUACUAUUCGUUCAUCUCUCUGUCGAAACAGGAGAAGUACACAUUGCCCUAUCGAGGCUUCGUCUAUCGCCAAGCCGAGAGACAUACAAGGGAAAACCAGUCUGUGAUACUAAGCAGUACUAAGCAAUAUAUAUAACAUAUAUAUAUAUAUAGCUAUAGAGGUGUAAAUUCUGUACGAAUGUAAGGUGCGCGCGCUCCUGUGAGUGUGUUUCCCAAUCGUCGUUUUAUGUGUGUAUAUGUGUGCGAGUAGCUAGCGAUCGCGCGCGUCGUGUGAUUUUGUGUAGGAUCUCUUGGAAAGGAAUUUGGUCAAUUCAAAUAGAAGAGACAGAACGCCGGUAUUCGCGCAGGACACGUAUCCUCCGCCAGCAGAUCGAGGUCGACGUAAUCAACGGCGCGAUGUCUGUCGAGUCCGUGACAAGUGACAAGCAGCCACCGACGACGACGACGACGGUGACGGCGACGACGGCGGCAACAACGGCAAUGACGACAACGACGACGACCGCGACGACCAAGAAGGAAGAAGGGGAUGAAGCUAUUAUAUCGAUGUCAGUGGCUGGAGAGGUGACCGACACUUCGAUCAUGGAAGUAGGCCGUUCUAGACCUCAGUUUCAAUAUUCUCGGGAGGAACUGAUACUGAUAAAAAAUUUGCGGUUAUCUAAACGUAGGCCUGCAUUCCUAGACAAUGCUUAUAACAAUUCACGAGGUGUUUGGGAUCCCGAACGUUGGCAUUCAGAUAGAAAGCGUAGCGAUACACCUUCGAAGGAGGAAAGGACCGGACGUAGUGAUCAAAUCACUGAGAAUCAUAGUAAGCGACGUAGUAAUGGUGAUCCACGGGACCGAAUACGUAAGGAGCAAGACGGCAUCGUUUUGAGUCCACAACGAAGGAGUUUUAACUCGGGAUGUUUUGUUAAUGUAAAUCACCCACCAAAUCGACGUCCAGAAAGCCCGAUCGGCAAAACGGAGGUCAGUCAUCGUGAACCUGUUCGUCGAAUCGGUAGCGGCAGGAUUCUGACGCGGGAUAUAUGGGAUUUUAGACCGGAAAAUGAAAAGAUUGAAUCUGAACGCGCGGAUUAUGGUUUUAGAUCAGGCACGGCCGCUGGUGGUUCUUUACGUGAUCGUGAUAACAGAGAUAACCGUGAUGGAAAGGAACGUGAUAGAGAGCGUGAUAUACGCGACAGGGAGCGUGACCGUGACAAUCUGCGUGAACGGGACGAAAGAUUCGAACGAAGAUCAUUUGGCCGGGAUUACGGUGAUCGCAGCGAAAGAGAGCGUGAUCGUGGUGACAGAGGAUCGGAGCGAAACAGCCAUCAGACAGAUCGUGACAAAGAUCGCGGACGCGAAAAGAGAUACAACAACGACCGUCGACGGACUUACAGUGACAAUCGCGAUUCGAUGGAUGAGCCCGAAUGGUUCAGUUCGGGACCUACAUCUCAGCACGAUACGAUUGAGUUAAGAGGCUUUGAGGAUAUCCCGGAAGAGAAAGCGGUGAGCAGUAGCGGUAAUUCCAAGAACAAGAAACAGACUCCUGCGCAGAAAAAACGAAACAAGAAAAACGCUAUGGAAAAGGAUGACAAAUCGAGUGAAAAUUCGGCAGGUCCUAAAGGGCGUAGCACUCCCACUGUCAUGGAUCAACCCCUGAACGUUGUACCAGCGCCGCAUUCCCCGAUAUCUGAACAGACUGAGCAAUCCACUCAGAGUAAAGAAAAUGACAUUAGCGAAAGUACUGUGACCGAACCGACAACAUCCGAAUCAGCAGAGAAUUCCAGUGCUAAUCAAAAUCAAGAGAACUCGCAUCCUGAUUUUAAUCUGGAUGAGUUCCUGAAAUCUGAUACGUUUGCUGGGGUAUCUGGACUAUUGACAAACGGAGUUGGCUCGAAUAGUGGCACUGGUUCUCGAUUCAGCCAGUGGUUCAAGAGGGAAAGUCCAAUUCAACAAGCGGAUAGUCGUAGGGCUUCCAUACAAGACGAACUAUUAAAUAAUUUAUUGAAUGACAUAACCGAGCCAAACAUCCAAAUACCAUCAGUAACGGAAUCAAACACCUAUUUUGCUCCAAUUUCUCCGGCUAGCACGACAAAUAAUACCAACUCGACUACAAAUGGUGUAAAGUUACUCGAAAUGUUACAUCGCGGUAAUAAACCGAAUCAAAAUGGCCAAGGUGACGCAUCUAAUACAGCUAUUCCUAUGUUGAAAAACUGCUCUAUUAAAGAUUUGGAAAUUGGUGGAAAAGUUGUGCACAGUUUGGAAGAAUUGGAGGCACGUAUGCGGGGUGGUGCUCCUCCACCUGUGACUUCGACUGAUACACCCCAUGUAAAUAAGACUGAAGAAGAUCUCUCUGCAUUUAAAAAACUGCUUGCUCAAAUGAAUGGUGGACAAGCUGUGCCUGCAGCUAACGGACCUAUCACACAAAAACGACCUGUAACAUUAAUGCAACUACUUAAUUCACAAUUAAAAACGCAACAGCAGUCAUCAAUACCGCAUCAGCAACCACCUACAGAACCGAUUCAUACUACGACUUUUAAUCAUGUCGGUCCUCUUGGCCCUGCUCAGCAUCCACAUCAGGCUCAAAUGCAACAUGAAAAUCUGAUGAAAGUCUUGCAAAUACAACAGCAACAACAACAGCAGAAACAACGACAUUCCGAUAUGCUAUCAAUGAUGAUGGGAAAUCAACGAAUGCUGGGUGUCAGUCCAGUACCGACGGAAAUGCAAAUGAUGAUAAAUAAUAUCCCGUCAAGCCAAGAACUCUUACAACGACCAGAAGCUCAAGCGAUUAUUCAAGGUUUGCAGCAAGGAGAGAUCACCAGACAACACCUGAUACAACAAUUGCAGAAUCCCGCUAUGCAGCAUCGCCAUCGAGAAGUGCUGGUGAAUAUUCUGAAAAUGUAUGGUGGUACUACACCUCGUACCAUAAGUCCGCAUCCUCAUCCUACUCCUGCUACCCCUCAGGAUCAUAUGUUGCAACAGAUGUUGUUUCAACAGCAACAACAGAGGAUUCCAUCUCCGAUGAAUAACGUGAUACCGCAUAGAGUGCCAUCGCCACGAGAGAUCGUUAUGCACACCCAGACUAUAAUGCAAAAUGCUUUAAUUAAGAAGAAAUUGGAAGAGCAACGUGAGAAUUUCCGUAAGCGGCAGGAUCAACAACAGCAACAACAACAAGUACAGCAGCAGCAACUGCGCGCAUCGAGUCCUGUUAUUAACUCACCAGCUAAACAAACAGCAAGCCCACUUGCUUUUACUCCAACCUCCGUUUUACGUAAAAUGACUGCUGACAAGGAACCCGAUGGAAGCAGCAAUGACCCAUCAAAAUUGUCUACACAAACUCAAGCAUCGCAGAUGCAACAAAUGCAAUCCGCAGUUCAGCUACUUACACAGGGUGCUCUCUCGAGACAUACUGCGUUGCGACCACAAUCCGUUCCAUCGACAUGGUCGAAUACAUCGCUUAAACAGCAUCCAGGUCGACCUAUAGUAAAAGGUGGCAACAGUGGGAACACGAGCAGCAAUCAGUUCCAAUACAAUACCGGAAACGUGGAGUUCCAACAACAUCAACACAGAACGGUCGCAAAUGUAUACGGCAAUCCAGCCCGAUCCAAGCAUACAAUGGCCACUUCGUUGCCGCAUCACAAUGUUCCGCAAUACAAUCCAGUAGUCCAGAACUCAAUUAUGAAUCCGAGAUCAAAUCCUAUAAAUACCCAAAUGAAGGCUCAGCAAGUUCCCGCGCAUCUCGCUAACAUGCAACAAUCGCCGCAUGGAACCGCUAACAUGCAACAACAACAACCGCCGCAACGGACUGUAAAUACGCCGAUGCAACUUGUCAUGAACCAAAAUUACAAUUCCAAUCGUACAGAUGGACGAGCAAUGCGAUCACAGCAACUAAACAUGACAGUCGGCCGUCAACCUUCACCGGGCCUCGGAUUUGUGGGUAGCAAUGGAGGUGAUCUUUCACCAACGUCUAACCAACUUGCACGAUGGUUCAGUCCGGAACUUCUUGCUCAAGCUCGGGCCGGCAAGCUGCCAGAGCUCGUGCAGACGAACGUCCUGUCAUUGGAAGAACUUGAGAGACUUCAACAUGCAUCAACCAGUUUAGUGCAUAACUAAAGUGAUAUACUAUAUUCGGAUUAUGUUUCAAUUUUUGCAAGCACAUCGAUAACAUUACUCUACUGGUUAGUCAACCAGUAUUCUUCGUGAUACAGAUCUUUACGUCCGAACACCUUCGAUGCAAGGAUGCUGAAUACAUACGCCGGUUAAAUUACAGAACAGUGCUCGCCUAUAGAUCUUUUUAUCAAAUCUUCAUAUACGAGGAGUUUAUCGAAUUGACGUGUCAUGUAUUUCAGUUAGAAAUAAUCGAUUACUCGGUUGGACAGUACUUUUCUUUUGAAGGAUUCUCUUUUCUUCGUCGAAAGGAUUGCUGACAUCGUUUGUGAAACUACUUUUCCAAGUUUUGCGAAAGGUUGUUUAAAAAUUACAAAUGUACAGGAUAGUAUAAUAGAGAACGAAGCAGAUCGCAUCUGAAGAACGCGAAAGUGGAUAGCUUUCUAAAAUGAAAACGAUGUAUUGCUUAUAAGACUGAAAAAAUGUGAAAAUUCUUAUUGUUGAUUAUGACAAGCUAUUAGAGCUUGAUACGCGUACUUUUUAAAUGACAAGAUCUAUUUGCCUAAGAUAGGACUGCAAGUUUCUUUUAUGUCUCGUUGGGGAGAUUCUGAGAAUUAUUUAGCGAUUCAAAUAAUUUAUAUGUUUUUAUUCAGAGCAUAUUUCAAUAUCUCAUUCUCUCAUUGACAAUUGUAAUGGACAUGAGUAUAUAUAUGGCAGUAUUUUGCAAUGAUUCACAAGUACUAAAAGCACUGUUGCACACGUUGAGAUUGUGUUCCUUAAAUACGAGACAAAACAAAAAAAUAUUUUUUACUACUGUUAGCCAACAUAUAUAUAAAGAUAUAUCUACAUACUCUAUAUAUCUAGUGCAACAAAAACUUGGCGUUAUCGUCAACAGGAAUAUGAUUUAAAUAGUCGAUAUGCUUAUAAUCUAGUGUCGUUUAUAGAAUAUGUCGCUUAUUUACAAUGGGAAAAUUGCAAAAUCCCUUAGGCAAAUAAUACGCGGAUUUUUCGAAAUUGAAAGAAUUGCAGGCUACCAUUUGAUUACAAUUACACAAAAUGGUGGUAACAUUUAAUAUCCUAUUUGUAUUGCUGCAAACCAUGCGACUUUAAUAACACAAAAAGCAUACGAGAUAACACAUGACGAACACAUGACGUUACAUACAUAUAUUAUAUAAAAAUAAAUAUAAUAUAAUAUAUAACUUCUCUCUCGUAGAAGAGAACGCGUGAGAGUACGAUAUCAUUAUCCUGAUUGAAAGUGGUAGAUAGACUGAAAUGUCUUUUAAUAAAAAACCUCGGGAGAUAUAUAGAAGAAUCGUUUGCAGAAUUAAUUAAAGAAAACGAAAACAUUCCACACCAGCCAAUAGAGGAUCAGUUCAAACGAGAUAUCCUUUUACGAAUUUUGAUUGAUAUCAAUGCUGUUGCUAAUGUGUGUUUGCUUUCAAUUUAAUUGCUUACGUCUUCUAUUAAGAAAUUACAAUUUUUAUAUGAUUACAAAGAGAAUUGGGCUUAAUUUAAAAUGAUAUCGCUAUCAAAACUAUUUACUUUUGCUUUUAUAUUUUGGAAGGAUAGUGUCAUUUCUAUUUUACUACACAUGUAUCUUAGAGUCUCAUCAUGCGCGCAUAAUUGCAUUUUUCUCCCCUAAUAGUUUAUUAAGCAUGCUAUUAUACUUUUAAGAAUUAUAUUUCAAAAGGCAAAACAUCUUACAAAAAAAAAAAGAAAAAAAGAGUACUGUAUAUCGGAAAAUAGUAUUUAUCUCUAUAUAUAUAUAUAUAUUUUUUUUUUUUGCAUAUUAUUUAUAUAAAUGAGUUACAUAUAUUCUAAUUUAUGAAUAUUCGUUACAUUUGUAUUUUAUUUGCAUACGAUAAUUCUUUUUUUAUAAUCGCAUAUAAUUGUAUGUGGGAUCGUAUAAGAAACGCGAAAUAAAUUUACGUAAUAUACUUAAAAACAAAGAAAGAGAAAAAUAAUAUAAAAUUAAACUUUACAAUUUGUUUUGUGUUGUUAGUAUAUAAAAUUAUAAAUUUAUUUGUGUAUAUGUGUGUGUUUUUUGUGUGCACAUAAUAUAAGUACAAUUUUGAAAAAAUGCCACAAUAGUAUCAUAGGUAAUUUGUUAAUUAAUUAUAAAAACCUUUAUGUCGUAAAUGUUUCCAACAGAUUGUUUCGUUAGAUCUUAUGUUUAUCUAAAAGUGUGAGCGAUGAAUAUGAAUCAUGAUCUUUUACAUGUUUAUUAUAUGCUACAAUUUUUAUAAGUUAAUAUUUUUACAUAAAAGAUGGCUUCUCUCUCAUAUGCACAAACACAACACACAUAUAUACUCAAAACUGUAUUUUUUAACAUUCUUAAUAUUUUAUAUUCAAUAACUUAUUAAAGUAUAUAUUAAGUAAUCAAUAUGAUAGAAAAAAAGAUAAGUGUCAAAGAAGCAAUUUGCAAUUAGAUGACGAUUAUCAAUACGACCUAUAUGCCUAUACACAAUAUUAACUAUUCGCAAUGAUAUUCUCGAAUUUUAAAACGCAUCUCUAUUGCAACGCGAAUUUCGUGAAAAAUGCAAGACGGCUUAUGGGACUCUAAAAUUGCACUAUCUGUACUCCUUGCGCUCGUUGAUAAUUGAAGGAAAUAUGUUGCAAUAUUGUAUAUCAGUGGCGAAGGAUCUCAAUUCAUAGAAUUUUUGUUCUUUAGAUUUUGGGCGAUUACAUUCUUGCACGGUGAUUUUAAUUAUAUUUCGAAUUGAUUCAUCACAGUAAGCUUCAUCUAGUGUUCACAAGUAUGUACAAAGUGUAUUAGAACGAAAAGUAAAAAAAAAAGAAGAAUUUAAAUCAUUCUAAGCACGAGAUAUAAGGAUUACUGUGGGGGAAAUAUCUUAUGUUUUGACACUAUAUAUAUGUAUAGAGAAUGAAAUUUCCGCAAGUGUUAUAUUAUGCUAAUUUUGCUGCAUAAAAGAGCAAUCGUAUGAAAGGAAGCGCAAAGUAUUGAACAUAUUCAAAGUAAGGAAGUAUUUAAGAUAUUUUUUAUAACAGUUUUUUUUCAACAGAAAUACAAAGUUAACCCAGGUAGUAUAUAUUGAUUUCAAAAUGUUUCCUAAAUGUAUUCAUACAUAAUGAUUUUAGAUACAUUUAGGAAACAUUUAUGAAAUCAAUAUAUGCUACUCGGAAAUAUUAAUAAAACAACUUUUAAUUGGCAAACAAAGUUAAAAAAAUAUGUUUUGAAUUAAAAAUUUAUCUGAGAGAUAUUAUUCCCCAAAGUAUUGUAUACACCUCGCAUUUCCUAGUCAGAAUCAAGCGUGAACGUUCAUCGGAUAAUGAUUUCCUUUCUCGAUUUUGGAUGCUGAAAGAUGCCCUAUUUCUGAAGCAUAUUCGCAUUUACAUUCAGCUUCAUUUUUGAGGAUGAUGAAGAUUAUUUACCAAUAUUUGGUGGAAAACAAAAGGAGAAAACUGUUAUGUAAGACGCACGAAGGACUUUUCAAUCUGAAUGUUUUUAUAAGGUGAUUACAAAUACAAUGAUUAAAUUUCUGCUUUCAUUAAAUGAAAGAAAUUUGCAAACGAGAUACUGUGUCUCAAGCAUUAGCGGACUUGAAGAUUGUUCCAUAAUUCGAAGACACAUUUUUGUAAAUAAAUCGAUUCCCGAGCAAACUAAAGUAUGUUUAGUCUAUGCACUGGGUCGAUAACUUGUAAAUAAAGUUGCUGAAUAUUAUAUUAUGUGAAGAGUCGAGAGAGAGAGAGAGAGAGAAAUGUCACGUAAAUAAAUACAGGGAACUGUAA